AUGCCCCACCAAACUCCAUCAUCCUUCCGAACCGGCAACAUCUUCCAACCCCGAACAACGCCUCCAUUCGAUUCUCAACGACCAGCCACGCCCAGUGGAGACGUCAUCAUGCUAAGGGAUCAGCUGGAAAAUGAGAAACGGAAAGUGCUGAAAUUGCAAGCCGAAUUUCAGAAGGAUAACCAGAAAAAAGAGGAAGAGCAUCAGAAGCACCUGGCCGCCAAGGAUAUGGUUAUCGAACGACAAAAAAAGGACUUGGAGAUGUUGAAAUCCACAAUGGCGUGUCAAAAAAAGACGACUUCUGAAGUCCCCACGACGUCAUCUGCCACGUCAUCUAUAAAAUCAGCGAUCCCCACGUCUUCUUCGACGCCUUCUCUACCCUCAUCAUCUGACGUCAAAAAAGUGUAUCCUAAGAUUCCUGCGCCCGAAUCUUCGAAAAUAAAGACUCCACGACGGCCACACAUCGCACCAGGACAUCAUCAUCUAUCGGCAUUCAGACAUCCGUUCAAAGAAGAAGAAGACGACACGUUUCAGUUGAAUUUGUCGUUUGAGCCAUCUGCCACGUCGACACCCAAAAUGAUUGGGCGGAUAAGGACAGGCCUCCGCCGCCCUCUGGACCUUGGAGCCGGCGACGAUGGCGAUGAGAAUAUACGCGGAGCACCGACGCCCAAACGAAAACCCGUAUUUUCGGAAGAACGAAAAAAACGGACACGGCGAGAGGUUCAAGAGGAAAUUCGCAAAAUCUGGGACCGAAUUCCAGAAGAUUCCGGAAUUUCAGAAAUUUCAGAUAGACCGAAAUUCAGUCCGAAAAUCCCCAAAAAAUCGAUAAAAAUUUUGGAAAAAAUGGACACUGAACAGGAUGAAUAUGUCGAUCGAACGCUGGCAAAACGGCUGAAAAUGCUGGAAUUUCGGCGAAAAAAUCCGCCGAUUCUACCAGAAAAAUCGAUGACGGCACGAGUGAAAAAUCGGAUUCUAAAAGAGACGGAACUCCAGAAGACGUUGGAACGGAAGUGUGUGAAAUGCCACGUGGCAGAUAGAGAUUCGCGGCAAAACCUGGAAAAUCAGGAAUUUGGAGGCCAAAAAGAAUGGGAAAAACAAGAAAUCCAACGGAGAGAAUUGAUGAAAAAAGAGGCGGAAGAGCUGAGAAGUCUGCAUUAUACAUCCAUGAUUCAUGCGGUGAAUCGGAAGGGAAUCGAUGAAUUUAAAGGCGCAACGCGACGGAAUGAGGCCGCAGAGCUACAGUAUCAGAAGAUGAUUCAGGGCAUUCAGAUGGGAAACUGCUCAUUCGCUGUUUUAAAUGGGGACUCCGAUCAAAAAAAUUAUAUUUGCUUUUUUUGUUUCAAAAUGUUCUCGAAGUAUGGAAACGAAAUGUUUACUUCUUCUGACGGACAGCGUCGCUUCUCCAUCGCUCGUGUAAUCAAUGUUGACUUGAACACACUUUUUUGCCGUCUUUAUAUAAUAGUUGAUAAAACAACUUCAUUCAUACAGAAAUUACAGAAAAAAACGGCUGAAAACGGCGAAAAUUGGAUUGAAAAAUGUGUGGCCGCGUGGCCGAACUCAAGAUUUUUCUUGUCCCUCGUUGACGAGAACUGA